AGGAAAUUUCCGGGUUUAUGAGUCCAGUAGGACAUUAGAGAGCGAUUUUUGUUAAUAAACAAGAUACUUUAUUGUGUUUGGAUCUUAUUACGAUGGUUAUGUGGUAUUGUUAUGUAAUUACUUAUUUAUGUUUGCAUUAUCAAAUCAGCAGUAUUUGUUUUACUGAAAUUAGUUUUUUUCUUUCCACAUUUUUGCUGUUAAUGGAUGUUUUUCCGUAUUUAGGCAUACAUUUUGUAAUUGUUGUUGUUUAUGACCUACAAAUACAUGCUAUCAUUUGUUAUUAUUUUGCUUGGUGCAGGCUAAAACACUUAAAACCUGUUUUGCCACAUUUCUCUAUCUUGAGCUACUUCCUCGGUUUCCCAGAGUUCUUUGCGCGUCGUCGUCCCGCCUCCCAGCUGAGCAGCUAGGUAAACAAACAGAAGAGGAAACGGCCAGCAGCACCGGGCAGUCUGCAGGCUCUAGGGUCUCUCUCUCCAAAAAAUAAAAUAAAAUAAAAAAGGCAUAAUUUAUAUCGCGUUUAUUUUUCUAAUUAACUAUGGUAAAUGUCUACAGAUUUAGAGUUUAAUGUGUUUUUUGUAGUUGUACCAGCGACGCCGUGCAGGAUUUGACCUCCCCUUCUUUCUAGCUUCCACUGAACUUCUUUACAUUUUGGCCAAAAUGCUCAUCUUGUAGCGGCAGCGGACGAACCGCGUCGUUCUCCGCGGAUGUAGCGAUGCCUCGUCGUUGAGGCGAUUGUCGUGUUUGUUCGUCUGCUGUUUGCGGGGCUGAAGCGAAACGACACCCGGGUCAGGGGCGCCGAGCUCAGGGAGGAUGACGGCGGUUCAGCUGAUGAACGUCCAGCGGCUGCUGGAGGCAGCAGAAUACCUAGACAGGCGGGAAAGAGAAUGCGAACACGGCUACGCCUCCACCUGCCCCUCAGACCAAAGCACAAGCUACCAGAGGACACGAAGGUUCCGAAACAAGAAGUUCAACAACAACCACAACAGGUCAACACACAACGAGCUGGAAAAGAACAGACGAGCUCAUCUGCGGCUGUGUCUGGAGCGCUUGAAGGCACUUAUACCUCUGGGCCCCGACUGUACCCGGCACACCACCCUGGGCCUGCUCACCAAAGCCAAAGCACACAUCAAGAAACUUGAAGAGGCCGACAGGAAGAGCCAGAACCAGCUGCAGUCUCUGGAGCGCGAGCAGAGGCACCUUCAGCUUCAGCUGGAGCUGCUGCGCGGCGGCGGCGGCGGCACGCAGAGCAACCCGGGGGAGGGCGAGAGGAUACGCAUGAACAGUGUCGGCUCCACCCUCUGCUCUGACCGCUCCGAUUCUGACCAAGAGGAGAUCGAGGUGGAUGUGGAGAGCACGGAGUUCUCCCAUGGGGAGCUGGACAGCGUGAGCACGGCGAGCACCAGCGACCUGGACGACCACAGCAGCCUGCAGAGCAUGGCCAGCGAUGAGGGCUACUCCUCCUGCAGCGUCAAGCUUGCCUUCUCCUCCUAGAGGCUCCCGCCGCCACGCCCGCCGCCGUCCCUGCCAACCCCUCCUGUUCUCCCAUCUGUUUAUCCGUGCAGUCCUGUUGCCGCCUGCGAGGAUGGGCACGCCAUCAACUAGCACCCCCCCAUCCAGGCCUCUCAGUUCCUGUCCGACGGUUGGAGGAGCUCCAACCGGCUCUGGCUGCGUCUGAACUUUGAGCCGGAAAGCGGUUUGGGGUUUGCUGCAAAGGGAGGCGACAGACUGCCGCCAUUUUUAACCCCGUUUCCGUUUGAAGUGUGAGAUAGUCGGAACGAUUUCCGACUUUUGCUUGAAAUCAUGAAGCACUUAAAUAUCAGAAUGAAGAACUUUUCUGUUUCCUCAUGGGGGGGGUCUCCUGUCGUCAUCCCGUCACUCUGGCGUUGGGCUUGGAGAAACCGUGAUGACAGCAGGGGAACUGGGCCGUAUGGCCACAGCUGGCUCCGCCCCGUAAGCGUCACUCCAGCCCCAGACGUCGUCUGAAGCUCGGACUGUUGAACGGGCGCUAUUGGGAAACUGACCAAGGAGGAGGAAGGCGAUCCGAUCGACGCCAAGCUUUUACCGCAAACGUCUGCGGCGAGCGCUUUCAGCCGAGCUCGGAGGAACGCAGAUGCAGCAAAGCAGGGAAAAACGCAGACAUUCCUGUCGAAUGUGGAUCCAUUUUCAUACGAGUGGAAAACUGGAACUUUGAAUGUGUGUGCUGGGUUUUCCCUUUUCCCUGACUCCCACAAGCCCCGCCCCCCAGCGCUCCAUAAAGGCACAAAUGAAGAAGACAAAAACGGAAAUGUGUCCAAAGCGCCACAGACUUUGGGAAACGUUUCGUCCUCUUCCCAGCAGUAACAAGCAAUAACUCUCAUCCUC